AUGUCGGCUGCAAAGGUUUCGCUCGUUAUCGCCAUGGUUGCACUCCUUGCAGCUGUAGCGUUCUUCUACCAGAGGAUGGAUCGAUCGCGAUCGAGCGCAGCUUCCUCGCAGGAUAUAGCCAAGGGGAUAGACGAGAUCGGCAAGGGCUUGGCGUUGCAACAGCAGAUUAGCCUCCUCAAAACCACCCUUGGGAAGGUUGCGACGGAGAACGCUCGGCUGAAGCAGGCCAUCUCAGAGUUGAAACUGCGCAAGGAAGAGUUGAUGGUUUGCAAUGCCAACCUCAUCAAGGCCAGGAAGAAUCGUGCUCGAUGCGACAAGUGGGCGACCGAUGUUGAUGACGAGAAGCUGAGAAAGAGUGAGGCAUUGAAGAAGACGAGGUUGGAGUUGCAAGACGAGAAGCAGAAAAGUUCAGAGCUUCAGACACAAGUUUCAAAGAUCACUAGCAAGCUCUCAGAGACCAAGGCUGCCCUUGCUGAAAUCGAAAAGCAGAAGCAAGUCUCUGUCUCAACCUUCAGGCAGGAGAAAGAUAAAUACAUUUCUCUCAAGAAGGAGCUCUCCAACCUCAAGGCUCAAGAUUCAAACAAGCCUCGCCAGGAGGAGAUUGAGGGCCUUAUCAAGGAUCUGAAUAAGGACUUGAAGCAGAAAUCUGCUGUGAUUCAAGAGUUGACGAAGCAGAAAAGAGCUAGCGACGAGAUGUUGAGACGGCUGGAGGGGAAACUUCUUGCAGCUGGGGUCAGCCCAUCCGACAUCGAGAAAGUUGCUGCACGUGAAGGAUUCUCUGAGGCAAGAUCGACUGGGACUUCCGAAACUCCUUCGACCACUAGCUCUGGGCAGGAUGCCACCACGACGUCUACCCUUGUCCCGAGGAAGAGCACAAGCGUGAUCUUUGCUAUGGUUGAUGAUGACAAGGAUGGUUCAAUCGACAUUGAUGAGUUCACCAAACACAUUCGACCAUCUCUUGCCCUCCGAGCGCAAGCUUCUGCUGAUCCCAAGAAGUGGUUCCUUAAGAGAUUCAAGAUCUUUGAUAAGGAUGAGUCUGGCAAGAUCACCAAGGAAGAGGCCAAGCAGCAGAAAGAUCUAUUCCGUGAAAUUUUCCAAAGCAGCACGCGCAAGAGGUUUACGAGCAACUCCACCCAGACGACCACGAGCACAGAAGCAGGAGGCAUGCUUGGUUCUUACCGCUCAAAGCUCUUCCGUAACUUCCCCGUUAACAUGCAAGACAAGAACUCCACUCGGACUGACGAGGGAGGAAAGAAAUCCUCCUCCUCCUCCUCGGCUGGCAACUUUCUUGGAGGAUUGUUCUCCAGCUUCUUGGGAGUGGCAGCAGCAGCAACAGUGAGAGCAGUAGCAGUGGCAGCAGUGGCAGAGGCUUCCGCAGCCGAGGACGGUUCAAGGAGGCUGAAUGCUGACUCCCUUUCCUCCUCCACCUCUUCUCGUAUGCUUCGUUUAAGGAACAGGACGAAAGGAUCUCUGAGCACAGGGGUGGAAGGAUCCGCCUCCCUCAACACCACGAGCACACUGAGGGACAGUGCCGGAAUGCAGGGGAGCUCGCUGCUCAAUGUUACCAGGCGCAAGAGAUUCUCAUCGACAGAGGGAUCAAGACUCAACGCGUGA